AUGGCUGAUGCAAGGGACACUCCGGACCUGCACCAAGAGGAUGACAAGCAGCCGCAGGACCUCCCGGCAAUUGACAACUCCCAACAUGAUGUCUCUAACAUCAAUCGCGCGAGCAAUCCUGCCGAAGAUGAUGCUCGAAAGGUCGAGACCCAGACGAGGGACGAUGAACGACCGCUUCACUCAGUCUUCUCACCCAGAAUUAAGGCCUUUGUCAUCAUCAUGACCGUCUUUGCGACUCUCUUCUCGCCGUUCUCGUCGUUCGUCUACCUCCCCGCCAUCACGCCGAUCGCUGAGGCCUAUCACCGGUCUCUCGGCGAGCUCAACCUCACCGUCACGGUCUACCAAAUCAUGCAGGCCGUUGCGCCUCUCUUCUUUGGUGAUCUGAGCGAUCAGAUCGGUCGUCGGCCCGUCUACAUGUUGACGUUUGCCAUUUACAUUGGCGCAAACAUCGGCUUGGCACUGCAAAACAACUAUGCGGCCCUCAUGGUCCUCCGAGCGCUGCAGAGUACUGGCAGCAGCGCGACUGUGGCGAUCGGCAGCGCAGUCGUGGCGGACUUGACGACGAGCGCAGAGCGAGGAGGGUACAUCACUGCGGUACAGGCGAGCGUGCAAUUCGCUCCGGCGCUGGCGCCGGUCCUGGGUGGCAUCUUGACCCAAUUUCUGGGGUGGCGGUCCACGUUUUGGUUCCUCGUCAUUGCAGCCGGCGUGUUUGUUCUCAUUUAUGUGCCCUUUGUACCUGAGACGGCUCGAAACAUUGUCGGAAAUGGCUCAAUCCCGCCGCCGAGCGUCAACACCUCUGUGACGUCCUCCAUUCAAUGGCGCCGCAAAAGGCGCGACCUUGAAUCGAAUCCCGACGCACCCCCACUCCCUGAGCCCAAGAAGAGACCCUUUAAGAUUCCCAUCCCCAACAUUUGGGCUGCGGUUCGCAUCAUAUUCGAAAAAGACGUUGGCUCGCUGAUGCUCUUCAUGUCGCUCUUCGUCAUGGCCAACUACGCCAUGUUGGUGCCGUUGCAAGACGUCAUCCGCCGGCGCUACAGCUUCAACGACCUUCAGGUCGGGCUUUGCUAUAUCCCCUUUGCGAUGGGAUCGGUUCUUGGGUCCAUCGUGGUGGGCAAGUUGCUCAACUGGAACUACGCCCGAGUCGCAAAAAGCGUUGGCGUGUCCGCUGAUCGGAAAAGAGGCGAGGACCUUCGGAAGUUUCCGAUCGAGAGAGCCCGGUUGGAUCUGAUGUGGCCGUGGACUAUUCUCGCCAUCAUCACCAUUGCGGUGUGGGGUUGGGUCGUCGAUUCCGGGACCAGCCUUGCUGCCCCCUUGGUCAUCUUGUUCUUGGCCGGUAUGGGCUUGGCUGGGCCUAUUUCGAUCCUCACUACGCUCCUGGUUGACCUCUAUCCCAUGAAUCCUGGGAGGGUCUCUUCGUCAUUCAACCUGACGCGGGCGACGUUAAGUGCGGUGGGCACAGCCGUCGUGCAGUACAUCAUUGACGCUUGGGGAUACGGGUUCACAUACUUCAACGACAGCAACGACAGCAACGACAGCAACGAUAGCAACGAUAGCAACGAUAGCAACGACAGCAACGAUAGCAACGAUAGCAACGACAGCAACGACAGCAACGACAGCAACGAUAGCAACGACAGCAACGACAGCAACGACAGCAACGAGAGCAAUAGGUGGAACGUUAACAAUAGCACCAGCUGA